CACAUCCUCGCCCCCCUUUAUCUGACUAAAUUCAGUUAUCGUACCAGGGGCGGACCACACAGCUUGGCUCUGCUGUUUAUCGUUUAAAUUAGGAUUUCGGCAUCGUCUCCUUUGUGUUUGGUGUCCCUAAAUACAUGAUUAACGACAGAUACAGUCCGAUCAAGAGGGAAAUGGAAUCUGACACCUGCUCCUUGCCAUCUCCAGCCGUAAAGAGAGAUCUCAGUUUGCUGCUGGAGUGUGUAAAGUUCCAGAUGAAAUAUCCAGAGUUGCAGAAACAAGCUCUCCUCACCAUCGGUUCAGUCUGCGAAAAGAAAGAAGAUAAUGUGCACCUGUUCAGAGGAAUGGGAGGUGUGACAGUUGUGUAUAGCCUUUUCAAGUCCAGUAUUGCACAUUUAGAUGUGAAGGAGACUGCGCUCUUCACACUUGGCACACUGGCCGAGACUAAUGUGUAUUGCAAGCAUUCUCUAUGCAGAAAGGAGACGUUCUCAGAUCUUGCUGACUGGUUGGUGAGAGAGGACACGUCACUGACACAGAAGAGAGUGGUUGUCUAUUUGCUGUCUGUGCUGGUAGCCAACAACAAAUCAGGACAGACCUUUGCCCAGACCACUGGCUGCCUUGACAUUCUCCUGGAUCUAUUCACGACCAGUUUUCCCUUCUCCACAGGGGCCACUCUGAAACAAAGUAAUAUUACUCAGACCUACCAGCUUUGGUCAUCUGUGUCUAGUGCGCUCUGUGGCUGUGUCAACAACCCUCAGAAUGAGGAGGGACAGCGUAUCUGUGUGAAAGCCUUCCCCAUAGUAAAAACCUGGCUCGAGCAGAUCACUCUGCACCGCACUGACAUUUUGAAGCCGAUAUGCUCCUUCAUUGCAAUGACAGUUGGCAGCAACUUUUGUGUUCAGGAGAGAUUUUCCACUUCAGGGGGUUUGGAAACUCUGACCCUUGCAUUGGUUCGUUUGGCAUCUGAGGCAGAUAAAAGUCUGUUGUCUUGUCAGCUCUCGGCCACUUUGACCAAGACCUUGUCAGCCUGCAUUACUGGCAAUGCUCCUCUGGCAACAGGUUUGGCUCAGUAUGCUGUGGUUCCAAAGCUCCUCUCCCUCUUGUCCAGUCCCAACCUGGACCCUGAGGACAGGCUGCCUGUGGUACUCACCCUGGGCUUUUGCACUGAGGCCUCUGAGGAGCACCAGUCCCAGUUGGUGCAGAGUGGAGGUCUACCACCCAUCAUCACUUUACUUACUGAGUCCUCGAAUGAGGAGCUUGGGAAGGGUGCUGCCUUCAUACUACAAACCUGCAAACAGGCCAUAGUGUCCAUGGGAGCACCGGUCCCUAUAGCAGCAACAGAGGAUGUAGAAGCCAUGGAGCCCCAUUCAAACAUGGAAAGCUACUGGAGGUCAGCCAGAGAGAUACUGCACAGGAUUGAGCUGCUAGAGAAGGGACAGGUGGCUGAGAACGAGCACGGAGGCAUGGAUUCCACAACUCCAGCAAAAGAGCUGUGCCGUCCACCUCAGUUUACAGCUGCUCCUUCACAUGUAUUUUCAAUGCAGGGGUGUGUGAAACGGCAGAUCUUCAGGGAGAGUGAUGAGACACAGAAAUGCACACUUGCCAGAAGAGUGCAUGAGGAGAAGAGCCAUGGUAUUCACUUGCACCAGAAGCAUCAAAAUGAAAGCGUUCAUGCGGCGUAUAGACACAGCAAUGCUCCUGAUCAUGUGGAAGCUGGGAAUGACGUCACCAACCUUCAGUGUCUCAGAUCAGCACUGGAGAAGAGGGACAGUAAGGAAGACUUGAGGAAUGCGAUCUUUAGUUUAAGUACCCUGGGAGAGAGGGACAACAACACACGGUGCUCUCAGCUGGUCCCUGAGAAGCAUAUCACCAAUGAUACAUCUGCCCCAAUGGCCCAAACUGGAGACCGGGUCCCAGGACAUGCACCCAAUGGAGCGGAUGUGCUGUGUUCAGUGUGUAAGGGUACCGGAACCGUGCAGUCUUCCCAUGUAACAUCACUAGAGGGAGCCAGAGAGCAACAAACGACAGAGAGCCAAGAGUUUAAGCCCCCAGCGCCAAUGAGCCAUGGUGUACCAAAAGGGACGGAAUCAACUAAUGAUCACUGUAGAAAACACGAUGUUUUCUGUCUAUGUUCUGAACAGAUGGACAAUGAGAACAGCGAAACGGGGAAGACUGCAGUGGCCUUAGACACACUAUCUCAUAACAGGUGCUCAGGCUGCGGGUUACAUUUUCACGAGGUGACCAGCAGGACAUUUGCGGCUCUGCAGAGCUCCUGUAACCACAGCUGUGACUUGCACAAGGUUCUCCAUGAGGCCACAGAAAGGUUCAGGGCUCUUCAUUGCAAGUUACUGCUCAGCAGAGAGUCCCAGCAGGGCACCGCAGAGCAGGAAGAUGCACAGUCUGAGAGGGCUUCAGAGGCAGAGCCACAGAGAGCCCGAGAACAGUGGAGAGAAGUUUCUCUGACUCCCAUACACAGAGGGCCAAAGGGCUCCCAACAAGGGAAACACCACAGGGGGAACUACAAUGCCAUUGGCUUCACCCUGACUCCCCUGCGUAGAGGAGCUAACAUGAAGACAUUCAUGCCUCAUAACAGGACAGGUCUGAGCCUGACUCCUCUGAAAAAGCCUUGUCUCCCUGAAGAAAGAAGAAUGCAUCUUGAAAAUGGAGGCCGUGCUCCAGAUUAUCAGCUGAAGACUCAGGCUAGCAGAAAGCCGUCUUCCACUUGGAGGAAGAGGAAGAACUUCACCCAGGAGGAGGUACGUUACCUGCUGAAUGGCGUGAAGACAUACGGCUUCUCCUGGAACUCCAUCUUGUGGUCAUACCCCUUCCAAGCUGGACGUGCCAAUGUUGACCUGGCUAAAAAAUACAGGCGACUAAUGGCAGCAAAAGGAAAUUAACUUAAACAUAAGAUACUUGAUCUUUUCCUCUUCAGCUGUCAGAUUGCAUUGAGAUUAAUUGCCUGAAUGUCCUCUCUGUUUUUUGUUUUGUUUUUUUCCCAGAAAGCUGAAGCCCAGAAUGUGAGUUGCACAUAAUCCUGGCCCUAAGACAGUGGAACAGCCGAUGGCCGUCUGUAAAUAAACAGCAUUGAUUUAUUUAUAAGACCUUGAUUCUUUUGGUUUUGAAAUGCUGUAUUUAUUUGCACAUAAUCCGAAAUAGCCAGAAAAAAUAUAUUGAAAUUAAUAAACUUACUUUGUAUUUUGCAUAAAAUCUUUUACUGGAAUGGCCAUUUCUCCUUUAAGGGUUGACUAUUUGCUUGUUCAGCUUUUGAAUGCCAGUCUUCUGCACAGCGUUUCCAGUAUCAAGUUCAGCUUUUGCUCUCUGCCUACUAAUACAUGGAAAUAGUUUCUGUGGUAGUUUUUUGUUCUGCAUUAAAGCAGAUAUUGCACUUUCUGAAAAUGUAUUUUUGACUUUCAGUAUUGUCUAGUUCCUGUGCCACAGUUAUGUCUAUAUAGAAUGAUUCAGUUUUUCAUAAAAGUCUGUAAACCAUCUUUCAUGAAAAUUAAAUAAACUGAAAUGUGACCAAU